GCGUACUGAAAAAUUUAAAAACGUGCUCCCUGCUUUAAAAUACACCAUAUCAGCUGUUUCGUAACGAUGCCAUACUAAUUUCCUUAAAUUUACUAGUUUUCAAGUCAUUGGGCAUGUCUGGUUUACUGAAACACAGUCAGAUAUCGAAAAGAAAAUAUGUAAAAAAGUCGGAAAAUAUAUAAAUAAACUAAGAAAAUUAUAAUGGAAGGUGAAAAAAUUUUAAUGGCUGCAGGAGUGACUGUCGCUGCUGUAGUUGGUGCAUUUGUAUUCUGGGGUCCUUCAGGUAAAUGUUCUUCACGUCUGCGGCAACGAAGAGGACAAAUAGCUGGACUACACAACUUUGGACAAACUUGUUUUUUAAAUACAUUGCUUCAGGCUCUUGCUGCCUGUCCCCAAUUUAUAGCUUGGCUGCAGUUAUAUAAUAAUGUCAACUCCGACAGAAAGAGCCUGAUAUCAUCCCUGUUGAACACACUUGAAGUAAUAAAUGGCACUCACUCCACUUUGCGUGGGGAUCCUUACUCUCCAGGUGCGGUGAUGCGUGCUCUUCACGCUCUAGGAUGGGUUAUACCACAGGAGGAACAUGAUGCUCAUGAAUUAUUUCAUGUAAUGUUAGCGUCUCUAGAAGAAGAGGCUCUGAGGCCCAAGAAAGUCGGUUGUCUUUCAGAUGCAUUACCCGUUUUGAUCGGCGGAGGUGAUGGAGAGCAACCAGAUAGACCAUCUAGUGCUAUGCUAACAGAUUUCUUAAAUACUGACUACGAUGAAUCUACAAAUUUAACACGUUUGGUACGUUCAGAAGCCCACACGCCGGAUUCACCUUCAUCAGUAUGCGAACGCGAAAUGUGCUCCGGCGAAGGGGGUGCAGCUGGUACAUCUCCAACUGAAAUAAUGGACUUCGAUCCACUGGCUUCUCCAGUAUUGGGUGGACAACGAGUCAGUCGAGCUCGCACAGCCCAACUAACUAGAUAUCCUUGGUCAGAAGGUUUAAAUAAACGAGUGUCUACAUCAUGUCGGUCAUUGGAGCGUUUAAGCCGUGGUCCGGGAAGAGUGUCGAUUUGGUCUGAUCAAAUGCCUACUCAUGUAGCUAUACCCUUUCAAGGUGCAAUGGGUACACAAAUUGUUUGCAACGGUUGUGGAUUCAAAUCAACUGUGCGUUACGACAAGUUUGACAGUGUUACUUUGAAUUUGCCACCUCAGCGUCGUUCGGGUCUUAGCUUGGGACAUUUGCUGAGCGAAUAUAUAACAUCUGAAGAAUUGAACGAUGUAAAAUGUGAAUCCUGUAACGAAACCACCAAUCACACUAAAUCGCUGACAUUCGCCAAAUUGCCUGCUUGCCUCUGUGUACAUAUUGCUCGUACGGUAUGGCUGCCAACUGGUCAAAUUUGCAAGCGGCAAGACUACGUUCAUUUCCCCGAAAGUUUGUCAAUGGCACCAUACAGCUUUGUCCAACCGCAUUUGAACAGCCAGGCCGGCACACCAUGGGGAUCUACGAUGUCGCUUUUCUCUUCUAGUUUGCCCAUGAACAGUUUGGGUGGCAGUGGCAAUGAUUCAUACGGAAGUGCGUUCGGCACAAUGUUCCCCAAAAAUCUAUACAGACUCUUAGCUGUCGUUGUUCACUCUGGUGAAGCAAGCAGUGGUCAUUUCGUAACUUAUCGACGAGGAGCUUUACGGAAUGCACAUCGCUGGUUCUACACCUCAGACACUGUUGUACGUGAAGUUUCCAUAGAAGAAGUACUUAGCGUACCAGCUUAUUUGCUCUUUUAUGAUCGUGGUCCACAGCGACGCUAAACUAUAUUUCGGGUAGGGUGGGAAACUCAUUUGUUCUGAUACCGUAACGAUCUAGUUUAUGUCAUUGAUAAUUUAAGUUUAUUAUAAAUGCAUACAUAUGUCUAGUUGCUGUAGAAUUAAAAAACAAUAUUGUUUUGUUAUUCAGAGAUCUGCGGCUUCUAAAUGUUAAUCUAUUCGAUGUGAUAGUAAACUAAUCCUUUAUAGGAAUUGCAAGAUCUCUAUUAAAUAUAUGAAUUCAAUUAUGCUCUCUGCAAUAUGGCUCCACAUCACACAUUCAGCAUUUUUUGAUAAUUUUAUAUAACUUAAUAUCUAAGUGUUAUGGGAAAAAAUAUUUCCAGCUCAAUAUUUUCGAAAGUGCCAUUUUGAUUAGUCGAACUAUUUAUGACUGUACAUUACGCUGAAUAGGUUAUUUUUGUAAUUAUAUAUUAUAAUUUCUUAAGAGCGUUAUCUUUAACAGCAUUUGUUAAUCAAUUCAUUGAAAAAUGUUUUCUAUAGCUGUAAGUUUUUUAUUAUAAGAUUUUAAAGCAUUUAAUUCAGAUUAUUUACGAAUUUACUUUGCGGUAUACAUACAAAUAUGUACGUUUUAUACGGAAAUUGAAAAAUGCAUUGGAGUAAUUACA